AUGGUGGACGAUACUUACCUGUCCGCCGAGGAACUGAGUCAAUUCCGUGAUCGGAUUCCGCCCUCUGUCUGUCGAAAGAUCAGCCAAACCGACGUCCAGAGUCAGAGUCUCAGUUUGCUAUUCCCUGCUGAUCUAGACAAUCAGCAGCCAGCCAAGAUGGACACUGUGCCUCAACUUCAUUUGGACGGUGUGGUCGCGGUGCCCACUCGGCUUUUAUUGCAAUCCGAGAUGAAUCCUAUCCCUUGCACUGGCAUUCGUCAUGUGGUUCGACAAUGUCGCUUAAUGCUCGAUGUGCCAAUGGUGGUAAAAAAGGCACUGCGUACAAACGAAUUGGUGGUGAAGCACGAGACAGUUAUUGAUACCCGUCGAAAGGAAAUGUUGAUUUUAUGCACCAACGAGACAUUGGAAAAUUCCGCGGUGGUAGGCGAUGUGACACUUUAUAAACACGUCGACGAUCCAUUAUCGCUGCGCGGCAAACUACCGGUUGCACCGAUUCAGUGGGGCCAUAGGGAGAUGAAACCACAUGACGCCACGACCCUUGAAGCGAUGAUCGCGUCUUCCACCGCCUAUCCAAACCCCCACAACCAUGCGUGCCUGUUUAUGCAAUAUGCGUUUUUCAUGGUCAAGCCCACUCUGAUGAUUCCAUUCCGUUCGUCCAUCGAGAAAUUCGCCCUCAAGAGCUAUCAGAAGAAUACGGAAGAAGCUCGCAAACUGGAUAUGCAACUUAUUCAGGAAGUUAUUGAUAAAGGAUUAGAUAAACAACUGGUGAGAAAAUAA